AUGGAGAGAGUCUUACGACCAAAUUUACCAGUGGGUCCAUACCGAAUAAAAUUCAAAGCUGUUUUUAUUUGCGAUGAAAAAGUCGACUAUUUGAUACGCUUGAAUAUUCAUCAGCAUAAAGUUUCUCAAACCCGAGUGGAAAUGAGAGGAAAUAUCUCAUUGAAAAUACCCUUUGACGAUUCCUUAAAUUUAAAUUUUAAUAUGGCAGUACUUAGUAAAAUCGGAGGAUGGAUAGACCACGCAUUCGAUUACAGUGCUCAACACGCUUGCACAACUUUAAAAACAUUUUUGGGACCGUCCUGGUCUACUUAUAUGAGAAGUUGGAAUAUGAGUGCAACUCAACAGUGUCCACUAGACAAAGGUGAGUACAUUAUGCGAUAUGAUUUAUCAGACGUGAACAACUAUCAUAUCCCUAAAGAGUUCAUAUACGGAACUUAUAAAACUCGACUAUACUACACUGAUAAAAAUGGAAUGAUCGUCGGUUGUACAAUUUUGGUUGUGGAUAUUGUAAGACCAUGGGAGUAAGAAUACUAAACGAAAUUUUAAGAUUCAGGCUUAGCCACUUUUAAC